GUACUGUCAAGUAUGAAUUUGUCAGAAAGGAAAUCUCUUAAACUGUAGUUAUUUUUGAGUCUAUUUUUAGAAUGGAUAUUAAUUUAAACCAUUAGUUUGUUUUUUAUUAUUAUAUUAAGUCCGACUUAUUUUCAGUGUAAUUUAGUACAAUAAACAUGCAUUUUUCCAUACCAGACACUCAGGAGUUAAAUGAAGGCAAUGGAUCCACUUUUAUUGGCUAUAAUAUACAUAUCAAUGGUGUCUUCCAUUGUACUGUUCGAUAUAAGCAGUUACACAAUUUAAACGAGCAAUUAAAGAGAGAAUUUGGUAAUGACAGUGUUCCAUCUUUUCCACCAAAAAAGUUACUCCCCCUUACAUCGGGGCAAUUGGAGGAGCGAAGAGCGUUGUUAGAAAAGUAUAUUCAAACAGUUGGUCAGGAUGCCAAUCUUGUGUCUUCCGAACUAGUAUGUGGAUUUUUCUUAUCCGCCCAACAAGAGACUGCCUGCAACGAUAAACAAGAUGUAAAUUUAGACGUUUAUAUAAUGAAUAAUUAUCAAAUUAAAGUUAGGGUUUCGACAUUUGACUGUACAGAAAAAGUACUGGCCAGAGCGCUCAAACAGGUGAACUUGCCAAGUGAAUAUGUGCAGUAUUUUUCCCUUUACCUCAUUAAGAUAGAAAACACAAAUGAUAUUGUAAUGUUAAGGAAACUAUUGGAUUUUGAGUCGCCAUACAUGACACAACAAGUAAUGAGAAGUGCCACUAGAUUAAUAAUAAGGAAAAAUUAUUGGGAUAUUGACUAUGACACUGAACUCUUGAGAGAUCCAGUCGCUCUCAACUUACUAUACAUCCAAACCCUCGCUGAGAUCGAGAAAGGAUGGAUUAUGGCCAUGCGAGAAGCAAAAACUCAAUUGGAAAACCUAAAAUUUAGACUAGCCAAGAAGGAGUACAUUCAAUUUGCUCAAAAACUGAAAUACUACGGCUUUAUGCAGUUUUCCCAAUGCUACUGUGACUAUCCUCAACCUCAAACUAAGGUGUUGGUUGCAAUAGGCGAUGAAGAAUUGAGUCUGCGAAUUUUGGGACCUGGAAAUUUGGUUAAAGAAGGCGUUUUUAAGGUUACUAGAAUGCGAUGCUGGCGAAUAACUGCCACAAAUAGCAAAAGAAUUACCAAUUCGGAAAAUGGUUCCUACAGUAACAGCGUCCACCCGAACUCAACUCUAGAAUUAUCCUUCGAAUACCUAAUGUCCAAAGAUAAGUUGCAAUGGAUCACUAUUAGCAGUGAACAAGCGAUUUUGAUGUCGGUCUGCUUGCAAUCUUUAGUUGACGAGUUGCUUUUGAAGAAAAAUGGUGUGAGGAAAAGGCAGUGCGUCAAAGCAAAUGCUAAAUGGACCUACAUGAAGCGAGACGGCUCAUGCCAAUUAAUUUCUAUAGACCAGAACGAUCUUGAUAGUUCAGAUGAACAAAUCACGACUGCUGAACACAGUUAUGAGGAGCCAUUCUCAAUAAAAACGUUACAAGAAAAAUUUUCGAGCGUUUCCUUCAAGAGCGGUCGCGAAUUUGUGGAAAAUCACGCAUUUGAAGGAAUAGGAGACGAUGAUUUAUAGUUGUUAGUAUCUGCCAAAAUAGGUUUAUGUUUUGUUGAUUGUUUAUAGAUGCUAAAAUAUGGAUCAAUCAGAAAUGUAUUCAUUUUUGACAAUCGUGUAUUGUGUUACAUAAGGAAGUGAAGCAACAAUAUGCGAGCUAUUAGGUUUCUUAAUUUUUUACAGUGUUAUGUAGGUUUUAUUGCUGUAUUGUGCCAAACUUUUGUAUCAAGAUGCCUCUGGUGAAUUUUUCAGGAAAUCGCUUUUGUUAUAAUACGGACUUUUUCUACAGAUCUUUUUUGAAAUUUAAAUUAUUAUUUAGAGAUAAUUUUACUAUAAAAGAUAUAAUUCGGGUGCACGCGCACUUGCUUGAGGAACGGUCCUGAUCCAUAUAUUUAUCUACUGCAUUAUUUAUACAAACUAAUGUUGUUAUUACUUAGCUUUACAUAUCUGCGUGUGCUUUUAAUACCAUUAAUGUUGGUCCCGCCACUCUAGGCUGCAUUGAUCGAUAAGCUGGUCAAAUAAUAAAUUCCAUCCAUCAACAGAUACUGUUAUUGUUAAAGAGAUAAAGUUUGCAAUUUUUUUCUGUUGUUUCUCAAUUGUUUUAAAAACGUGGUAAAUUUAUUUAAGAAUAAUACAAAUUUUGAACUGUCUUGUAUAUAGAUCGUGUUUUGUAAAUAUGUAUUAAUUGCUAUUCAUGCCUCCAAUAUAUGUUUGUAACACGUA